AUGGCUUCCAACUCCAAUGACACGUCAAACAGCAAGCCAGGUCCAACAACAAACCCUCGAAUUAAUACUUCAGCUAUUCUUAACAAUCGACUUACUACUGGCUCGAGAGUAGUAGUUAUCGGCAUAUAUGGACUUCCGGGGUCUGGUAAGACGUUCCUGCUAGACCAGCUGAAGCACGAGCUUGGUAAAGAGUUUUUCGAGUUCUAUGAUGGCUCUGAGAUGAUUGCCAAUGUCUCCCCUGACGGCCUUGAAGCAUUCCAGAGACUGGAGGAGGGUGAGAAGGUACAAUGGCGCCGGCUUGCUAUUGAUACAAUUCUGAAUGAGUGUGCCAAUAGUGGGCGAGUUGCAGUUGUCGCCGGACAUUUCAUAUUCUGGACUGAGGAAGAGGAAGCUGGGCAGCCAGUAUAUACCCAAAAUGACCUCGAAACGUUUACGCACGUUCUUUACCUGGAUAUUCCUGUCGAGAUCGUCUUGCAACGUCGUCAAGGUGACACAACGAGAGAUCGUCCUUCUACAUCCUUGACCCAUCUAGGAAAGUGGCAACAGGCAGAGAAGACCCAGCUGCGCGGUCUCUGCCGCAAUCAUGGCAUUCUGUUCUCGCUUGUAUCACAGCAGCCAACGCUACUCGACAAAGUCUUGAUGCUGCUACGCGACUUCCAACAUCAUACAGAGGAGUACAACUUGUCUCUUACCGAGAGCAUUCUGGAUGAGUCCGUAGUGGCUGGCCAGACCGAGCUGGAGACGGUAUUGGUAAUGGACGCCGACAGGACCUUGGCCCCAAUGGAUACUGGCAUGUUGUUUUGGCAGAAGGUUUCUAGUUCUCAGCCAGCAGAGAAGGAUUGCCCUUUGAAGACGUUGUUCAGUAGCUCAUUGGGUUACUCUUACACUGCCUUUCGCCAGGCCACAUUGCUAUAUGAAGAGAUAGCUGAUGACGAAGUGUUUGAUUUCAUCUGCCAAGAGGUAGCAUCGGCGGUGAUCAUGUAUCCCGAAUUUGUGGCCAUGUUAAAAUUGGUGAUGAAAGAGAACCAUGUUGGCGCGGUGAUUAUCAGCUGUGGAUUGCGUCGUGUUUGGGAGAAGGUGCUGGAGAGAGAAGGGCUCUCUAAAGCAAUCAAAGUAAUCGGCGGAGGACGUGUCGCAGAUGGCUUUAUCGUUACAGCUGGAGUGAAGGCGGCGUUGGUGGCUCGUUUGCAGAAUCUUCACCAGGUGUAUGUCUGGGCGUUCGGAGACAGUCCGCUAGACUUGGAGAUGCUAAGCAAGGCAGACCAGGCUAUUGUUGUGGUUGGCGACGAGAAGACCAGAAGCAGAACGAUGGAUUUGGACUUGUUUAACGUAAUCCGUGAUGGCGGUCUUCGAGCACGCCAGGUCGUGCUGCCCAGCGAUUCGUUGCCACGUCUAAACACCGAUAUGCUUCCCUUGGUGUCUAUAGUGGAUCUAGAGUUGGUCGAUACUAUCCUCCGCCAUCGUAGUCGACAAGCUGGCAUCCAAGUCCACCACGCAACGGACCAGAAUGGUACGAAGCUCCUGAUGACGCCAAUGCGAGAUGCAAAUGUUGGUGGUCCAGCCCUGAGGGAAAGUCAUCGCCGUGUAGGACGUCAUCUAGCCACUGAGUUUUUGAGUCGCGUGGUUGGCAUCGAAGAGUUUUCGAUGGCCCAUGUCCAAGGUCAUCACACAAGCGGCUAUCGACUGCUAAAUGAGCAAAGGACAUCGAUUGUAGCGCUCAUGCGUGGUGGAGAACCGAUGGCCUUUGGGGUCAACGAUAUCUUCCCGCUCACCAUGUUUGUUCAUGCAAGUUGUCCAGAAGACAUCAAGCCCCACCAUCUGCAAGGACAGUCUACUGUAGUGUUAGUGGAUUCAGUGGUGAACAAUGGCACGACCGUGGUACAGUUCGAGCAACACGUCCGCAAAUUGAAUCCUACUAUUCGCGUCGUGGUUGUUGCGGGUGUUGUUCAGGCGAAGUCAGUCUCUGAGGGUAGUCUUAUCUGUGGGCUUGCUCGCAGCACCAAACUUGACAUCAUUGCUCUUCGUCUCUCCGAAAACAAGUUUACUGGUAGAGGCACCACCGAUACUGGCAAUCAUCUCUUCAAUACAACGCAUAUGCCAUGA